GAACGGCAACGACGAGCUGAAGAACGGAAUACAGCAUUAAUGAUCAUAAAAACUGUGAUAUGUGCAUGCAUCUUUGCACAGAGCUCAAAUGAGCGCUGCAACACACUCCAGUGCAUCUUCAGUCUAUUUUUGCACUCAACUGGCACCCCGCAAAGAGUGAUAGAGGCACUCGCACACACCAGUAUCUCCAUCAGCACACAAUCCAUUGCAGCAGCUGUAAGAUCCUUGUCAAAAGAAGCGAAUGCUCAAAUCAAACAAGCCGUAUGGACAUUGACAACAGCACUUGCCUAUGACAACUUUGACAUCGAUUUCAAGACUGCACAGCCCACAAUCGAGCACCAGUCCCAAUUCAUUAGUUUGACUUCUGCAACCACAAUACCUUUGUAUGGUAUUAAUAACCCUGUGGUCCUUCAGUGCUCACAUGAGAUAUGGCAGAAUGAAUCAAGCGGCCUAGUUAGAGCAUCCCUGGCUGCCGGGAAACUCACCACAAAGGAUCUGCGCAUUUUUCAUCAAGAAAACUCUUAUGGGACAAUCCCACCAGGGAAACAUCUAUCUCCAUGCGAGGAGAACUUUGCCUGGCAUGUUCGUGACAUCCUGCUCAACCACGGCAAGUAUUUCGACUUCCUAAAACAUCACCAUGACGAUCUGGUUGUUAUCAAUGCCAUCCCACUGCACAAGACAAGACAAGUACCUUGCCAAGCAAUGCCCAUCAAACAGUCAACAACUGAUGGAAAUAUCAAGGUUAUGGACACCCUUUUGAGACAAGGCAGAAUUGGGGAGUGUGAAGAGGUUGGAUUUGAUCCACAGUAUGAUGUUGAUAUGUCUGAGCAUGUCCUCCUUGUCCAUGGAGACCUUUUAACCAAGGAACAAUUAGACACGAUCAUCAAAUCACGACAUAUUGAGGACACACCUAAACACUGCUUUCAGCACGUUGUGUUUGUUCCUGGUCUCUUUCACUUCAAAAUGGUGUGUGCCGAUGCACUAUGGCAUACAUGGAUCCAACCACAAGCUGGUUGA